AUGUACAAUGUUGUGUGGAAAGCAUGCAGUAAUACACAGGGUGGGAAUGAAUUACGAACAAUUGCCACACAACUUUGGAAUGAGUUCUACAACUGCAUGGGAUUGGCUAAUGGAUGCCCAACCGAAAUGGAUAUAAUGUUAUCAACAAUGCAAGAACUUAAAGGGAGGUUACAAAGCGCCAGACAACAAACCAGAGCAAGCACCACCCCACAAUCAGUGAUCGAAUCAAUACUAAACGCCACUGCACUUGCCGAGAUCCAAAUCAAACCACCAAGCGUUGCAAAAAACAAAGGUAGUGGGAAAAGAUUAAAAAGCAACAAAGAGAAAGCAACUGAAAAAGGGAAGAAAAAGGUGAGGACAUGCGCUACCUGUGACCGGCCGGGGCACGACAGCAGGAACUGUCCAGAAAGAAAAGCCCUACCAGACGAGUAG